AUUUUCUUUCAUUUCUUAUUACUUGUUUCAUUUUUCUUUUGUUUUUCUUUUUCUUUUGCAUUGCUUGCCCUGUAAUUCAAAAAUCAAGUUGGAAAAUUUACAAGAUUUGGGAUGAAAUCUGGUCGGAUCUUGCUUUGUGGGAUGUGGAUAUUGGUGGGUCUUCUUCUUAUUUCAAUACAAAGCUCCCCUAUUUCUCAUCUUCCCCUCCUCCUCCCAUAGGAAAACCAAACCAACCCACCAAAGAAGAAAAAUAAAAGCUCACAAAGGCUUUUAGCUAUUUCUCAGUCACUGCCAUCUGUUCUUCCCUUGGCCUUUUGGCAUUUGCUUUCAUCUUGAAUCUUCUUCAUCUGGUGAAAUGGUGAUGGCUGCUGCAGAUUCACAGUUUCAUGUUUUAGCUGUUGAUGACAGCCUCAUAGAUCGCAAACUGAUUGAGAGGCUCCUCAAGACCUCUUCAUAUCAAGUUACUACAGUUGAUUCUGGUAGCAAGGCUCUAGAGUUUCUGGGUUUGUAUGAGGAUGACCAAAGCAGUCCAGAUUCACCUUCUGUUUCCCCAAGCAAUCAACAGGAAGUGGGAGUGAAUCUUGUUAUUACAGACUAUUGUAUGCCUGGCAUGACAGGAUAUGAUUUGCUCAAGAAAAUCAAGGAAUCUUCAUCUCUGAGAAACAUACCAGUUGUGAUCAUGUCAUCUGAGAAUGUGCCUUCAAGAAUCAACAGAUGCUUAGAAGAAGGGGCUGAAGAAUUUUUCUUAAAGCCAGUGAGGCUAUCAGACUUGAGUAGGCUUAGACCCCAUAUCAUGAAAACCAAGUCCAAGGAUCAAAACCAAGGAAAGGAAGAAAAUGAAGAAAAACAAGAAGAAUCAUCUGAAAGCUCAGAGGCUUCACAGGAGCAGGAUCAACAAGCAGUAGAUCAACAACAACAACAACAACAACCACCCCCAGUACCAGCAAACAGUAACAAGAGGAAGGCCAUGGAAGAGGGGCUUUCACCUGAUAGAACUAGACCAAGAUACAAUGGCAUAACCACUGUGGUUUGAUUGAUUGAUCAUGGAACAAAUUCUUCCUUUGAUUCAAACAAUGUAAUUCUAUUACCUUUUUUCUUUUUCUUUUUUUUCAUUUCACUGCUGGUUGAUGCUGGCCGAAAUGAGUGUAGAGAGGUUUUUUCAUGUAUACAAUUUACAUGGAAAUGGUUCAUUCCAAUUUUGUUUUGCUACUUAAAUGACAAAGUAGAAAAAAAAAUAAAUCAUGUAUAUGAAGCAAGAUUACUGGA